AUGUCCGCUAGUUUCUUGGAAUCCAUGGAUAAUGAUAACGGCCCGGAGGCAACAGGCAGGCUUGAACUGUUGCCGAGAAGCUCGCAAGAAAAUGAAACUAACAACAAACCCUCUGCGGGUACUCAGUUGGCCCUGCUAAUGGACACCCUGCAUCGCCCAACAGAGGUGAAAACUAGAGAUGAGAUUAUUCAAAAUACGGCAUAUACAGACGAUACAAAUGGGCACUACACGUCGGUCUUCAAGGCCCGGCCACAUGCAGACUAUUUUGAUUUUGACACCGAGUACAACAGAACACACGGUCUAGAUGGUGGCAUCUCGCCAUCCAGAAAUCGACAGCCGCAACACAUGGAUUUAGACUGUGAAGACAACGCAAAUGGCUAUACCGACCAAAACGCUCACUUCCGGGGAGAUCAAGCGGUUCUUCAAGAAGUCAUCGAUAAGCUUGACUCAUUCAAACAAGACUUCACUUUCUUGAUCAGAAAAAUGGACGAUGCUUCACUGGCUUGCAGGCAAGCAGUUAAGGAAACGAGUUCAACCUUUUCCGGAGAUCGACCUCUGCCCAUGAGUAAAAUUAUAAAAGACAUUAUGGACUCGCUAGAGGACCUAAGUCCCUCUAACGCAUCUUUAACAUCUCAAGGUGAAAACGAAUCAACUCAAACUCCCAGAAAUUAUACAAAAUCUGGAUUCCUUCAAACUCUGUCUCUUGCGUCACUCGAAAAGGACCCCUGCGCUCGCAUGCCCAAUUUCGGAGUUAUUCUCAUCAAAUCACCUACUUCCGUUUCGCAACUCUGGGACGAAUACACGAAACUACCUCACGAAUGGCCCAUGCCAGAUCUUUUAAACCCGUCGCACUCAUUGAGUGAAAGUAACAACGAUCUUUCUCGGCAAAUAAUGCAAAGAACUACAUCUAUCAGAGAGCUCGAGCGAAAGUACGGCUCAUCUUGGCGCAACAACGACAAAAACUUCUCUAGGCAAGUGAACAGACGUAAAAAAAUAUGGGGUACUAUAGAAGCAGGUCUCGAGCAAGGCAUUUCAUUGCAAGAAUGUUUCCUAAUUCUGGAGUCAUACGCAAAGGAACGGGGGAAAGGACUGAGCUGGUAUUACAACGGAAUUCCUUUCGAAAUUGCAAGUUUGAAAGGAGUUUACAAGAAAUGA